AUGUUCGGAACUUUACACUGCAACUCGCCUACCAAGGAGGCAGAGUUUGUCGAGAGGCCAUAUGGAUCCCUCAACCCAGGAAUGAACUCAGCCUGUGACCGAUGCAGAGCAUACAAGGUCAAAUGCACUGUCAGUGGAAAAAGCUGCAGUCGAUGCCGGCGUCUCAAGAAGACAUGCAGUUUCACAUCAGUGAGGCAAAGAAGCAGCCAGCGAGUAUGGAAGACGGACGUCAACUCCAAACGCCAGGAAUCACAAUCAUCAGACAGAUCUGCCCAACCGCAGACAUCACCGAGCCCCAAAGACAGCGGAAACGAGGGAGAAGAUCAUAUCAAGCAACGAGGCUCUAUAUCAUCAGCCCACACAGACAGAAACGAUGGCAGUGAGAAAGGGGACCCACAUAUUGCAGACUACACAUCACACCAACUCUCUGAAGCAUCAUCAUCAUUAUCAUCAUCAUCAUCAUCAUCAUCAUCAUCAACAACAUCAACAUCUAGCCUACCAUUUCUCGCCGACUACGACCAACGAGAGAUGAGCGAGCAAAGAGACGAUCUCUGCACGUGCAGCAUCCUGCCCUUCCCGUUCUGCUCUUCAAGCAUACACUACAACAGCCCAGACGCCAUGGUACGGUCCAACAUCGGCACCCCCCAGGCGCUUCCUACCCCCCCGGCCUCCAGAGAUGAGACCCCACAACAACAACAACAACAACUACUAUCCAACAGCCAAUCACACGACCCACAAUUUGAGAUGGGUCCCAUCGACACGGAAUCUCUCGACAUUACCGCCCUCGCAUCCUCAAUGUACUGGUCUCAGGGUUCAUUUGAGAAAACCUGCCAAUGCCUCGCCGACGUCAUCUUCGCCCUGGAAAAACUAGAAGCAAGCUGUAGUUCGGGUAGCAGAGCAGGUCUCGACUCCAUUGUCGCCAACCAAAAAGAAGUCAUUGAGCUUUGCCGCUGCAUGCUCAAGUGCAGCAAUUGCAUGGCCAAGCGCGAGAACUUCAUACUCCUCGUCUUCAUGAGCGAGCGUAUAGUCGUAGCAUGCAGCCGCAUUGUAACAAUGUACCGCAUGGAAGACGGGGGUCUGCGAAACGCCAACAACAACAACAACAACAACAACAACAGCAAUACGCAUACCCAUAACCACAGCGGUGCUACUACGGUGGCGCCCUCACAGCUCGCCUGCCUACCCGGCUCGCAUCUCUCGGGCACAACGACCGACAUGGACAUGGAUACCCAGUGUCUCGCAGCAGCAGCAGCAGCGGCGGCAUCGGCAGCAGCGGCAUCCUCGUCGUCGCCCUCACAGCCGACAACAUCCGGCUGGCAGCAACUUCUCCUCGGGGACUACAAGAUCAACUCGGCGCUCGAGUGGGACCAUCUCGUCCGCGCCCUCAUCAACUUCCAACUCAGGGCCGUCAGAGCCCUACUCGGCGAUGUCAAAUCCAUCGGCACCAUGAUCCUAGGCGAUGCGCAGAAGGAAUCUCUAGCCCGCGCUGAAACAAUAGUCAACAAGUUAGAACAGGACAUUUACAUAAUCUAG